GUCACUUCCUCCCGUCAGACAGCCAGUUCGGGCCAGUUCACUACUGCUGUAGUACUCAGUCUGUCUGAGCUGUCAACACACAGCCUCCACUCUGCCUGUCUGACUGUUGCGGCAUUUUUCUAUUACAGUUAGUCCAUUUUUCUCUUCAACGACGUUUUCCUUUAGAUAACAGCUCCUCUCGGCUCAUUAUGACUCGGAGGUGAUCUUCAGAGGUGGUUCUGGGGUUCCAGGUUGGUUUGGUGAGAGAGCAAGCUAACUGCGGGGAACAGGACCGCCUGGGGCAUAGUGUCCCUGGCUCUCAAGUGACUAAGGGAGGGGCUUGGCAUACUGUUCUGCAGCAUGGAGAAGGAAGAAGUGAAGGUCCUCAACAAAGGGGAAGAGGAGGAGAUGGAGCUGCAGGGCUACCGUUUGUGUCGUUGGCGGCUGGCCCUUGUGGGCAUCGGGGUGCUGUGUACGGGGGGCUUCCUCCUCCUGCUGCUCUAUUGGAUGCCAGAGUGGUGCGUCAAAUCCACCUGCAACCGUACCACAGCCCGUGAUGCCGACGUGGUAUUGCUGCGCUCCACAGACGAGUUCCGGCGCUGGUUCCUGGCCAGGGUGCGAGUGAUGCUGGCCCCGGGGAGUAAUCCCUUCCACAGCCUGGAGACCCAGACCACCUCCCCUUCCUCUCCCUCCUGUCCCUUCUCCUCCCUUUCUCUGGCCAACGGACAUACCCCUAACUCCUCUGAUGGCAGCCACGCUCAGGAGCUGGUCAAAAGAUAUGCCGACUACCAGCCCACACAGAUUCGCUAUUUUACCUUUCAUAGCACAAAGUAUUAUUGGAACGACGGGUUGCAGAACUUUGACGUUUUUAUCGGCCUGGAUGAUCUGCAUGUCAGCUGCUCCAACCUCCACUCAGAGCACAGUGCAGGCCUGACCAAGAACCAGCAGGAGUACAGGAGACUGUUCUUCGGAGUGAAUGAAAUUGCAGUAAAAGUGCCUUCUGUUUUCAAGCUGCUUAUCAAAGAGGUACUCAACCCUUUCUACAUCUUCCAGCUCUUCAGCGUGAUCCUCUGGAGUGCUGAUGAGUAUUACUAUUAUGCUGUGGCCAUCCUUUUCAUGUCGGUCAUAUCCAUAGCUACCUCUCUGUACACCAUCAAAAAGCAAUACGUCAUGCUUCACGAUAUGGUGGCAACUCACAGUGUUGUCCGUGUGUCUGUAUGCCGAGCCAGCAAUGAAAUUGAAGAGAUUUUGUCUACUGAUCUGGUGCCGGGUGAUGUGAUGGUCAUCCCCAGCAAUGGGACCAUCAUGCCAUGUGACGCCGUGCUGGUCAGCGGCACCUGCAUCGUCAAUGAAAGCAUGCUCACAGGUGAGAGUGUUCCUGUGACAAAGACCAACCUCCCAAACCCAUUGCCCGGGGAGAGUGGGGAGGAGGAUGACAGUGCCUAUAACACAGAGGAUCAUAAGAGGCACACACUCUUCUGUGGCACCCAUGUCAUCCAGACCCGCUUCUACACAGGCGAACUGGUCAAAGCUGUGGUGGUCCGCACAGGUUUUAGCACGGCCAAAGGCCAGCUGGUGCGCUCCAUACUUUACCCAAAACCUACAGACUUCAAGCUGUACCGUGAUGCCUACCUCUUCCUGUUGUGUCUGGUGGCUGUGGCUGGAAUUGGCUUUGUCUACUCCAUCGUCCUCAGCAUCCUGAACAAGAUGCCAGCUAAGACCAUCAUCAUAGAGUCCCUGGACAUCAUCACCAUCACCGUGCCACCAGCUCUGCCAGCCGCCAUGACAGCUGGCAUUGUGUACGCCCAGCGACGCCUCAAACACCUUGGCAUUUUCUGCAUCAGCCCACAAAGGAUCAAUAUCUGCGGACAAAUCAACCUGGUCUGCUUUGACAAAACUGGAACUCUAACAGAAGAUGGGUUAGACCUGUGGGGAGUGCAGAGGGUUGAAAAUGGCAGUUUCCACCUGUCAGAGGAAAAUGCAUACAAGGAAAAUCUUGUCAAGUCCCAGUUUGUGGCUUGUAUGGCCACCUGCCACUCUCUUACUAAAAUAGAGGGUCAGCUGUCUGGAGACCCUCUGGACCUCAAAAUGUUUGAGGCUACAGGCUGGAUCCUAGAGGAGGCCACUGAGGAAGAAACCUCUCUUCACAACCGUAUCAUGCCCACUGUGGUUCGACCACCAAAGCAGCUGUUGCCCCCAGAGCCUGCUGUAUCACCAGAGCAGGACAUGGAACUGUAUGAGCUCUCGUCCACGUAUGAGAUAGGUAUUGUGCGCCAGUUUCCCUUUUCCUCAGCGCUUCAGAGGAUGUGUGUUGUGGCUCGUCUGCUGGGUGAGAAACGUAUGGAUGCCUACACAAAGGGGGCGCCAGAGGUGGUGGCUAGUCUGUGCAAGAAAGAGACAGUGCCAGAAAACUUUGCAGAGAUUUUGGAGGGCUACACCAAGCAAGGUUUCAGGGUCAUUGCUCUGGCUCAUCGUCGACUUGAAUCCAAACUUACCUGGCACAAAGUGCAGAACAUCAACAGGGAUCACAUAGAGGGAAACAUGGAGUUCCUGGGUCUUAUCAUCAUGCAGAACAAGCUGAAGGCAGAAACCCCAGCGGUGCUGCAGGAACUCCACCGAGCCAGCAUCCGCACUGUCAUGGUUACUGGUGACAACAUGCUGACCGCCAUCUCUGUGGCCCGGGACUGUGGAAUGAUCCCUCCCAAAGACACAGUCAUCAUUGCUGAUGCCCUCCCUCCCCAUGAUGGACAAGCCGCUAAGAUCACCUGGAGAUACGCCGAGAAGCUGAGCAAGACAUCUUGCAUGGAGGAAGUGAACAUCAGUCUGGAGGAAGUGUGCCACGUAGACGAGCCAAAAACAAACGAGCUGUACCACUUCGCUAUGAAUGGAAAAUCAUUUGCCGUCAUCUCCGAGCAUUUCCCUGACAUGCUUCAAAAGCUGGUGCUGCAUGGGACGGUGUUUGCCAGAAUGGCCCCAGACCAGAAAACCCAGCUCAUUGAGGUGCUGCAGGGCGUAGACUACUUUGUGGGGAUGUGUGGAGACGGAGCAAACGAUUGUGGGGCUCUGAAGAGGGCUCAUGGGGGCAUUUCUCUGUCAGAGCUUGAGGCCUCAGUAGCCUCUCCCUUCACCUCCAGGACCCCCAACAUCUCCUGUGUCCCCAGCCUUAUCAGGGAGGGGCGUGCUGCUCUCAUCACCUCCUUCUGUGUGUUCAAGUUCAUGGCCCUCUACAGCAUCAUCCAGUACAUCAGUGUCACUCUCCUUUACUCUAUCCUCAGUAACCUUGGAGACUUCCAGUUCCUCUUCAUUGAUAUUGCCAUCAUCCUCCUUAUUGUUUUUACUAUGAGUCUGAAUCCAGCGUGGAAAGAACUGGUAUCACGUCGUCCCCCAUCAGGUCUGAUCUCAGGACCGCUGCUGUUCUCUGUGCUGACUCAGAUCCUCAUCUGCUUGGGCUUCCAGACCAUUACAUUCCUUUGGGUCCGAAAGCAGUCCUGGUACACAGUUUGGACACCACUUACAGAUGCCUGCAUCCUGUCAUCACAUUUAAAUGUGUCUGACCACAACAACACAGAAGUGGACGACCACAACAUCCAAAACUACGAAAACACCAGCCUCUUCUAUGUCUCCUGCUUCCAGUAUCUUGUUGUUGCCAUCGUUUUCUCAAAGGGCAAACCCUUCAGGCAGCCUAGCUACAAGAAUUGGCCUUUUGUGCUGUCUGCCCUGAGUUUGUAUGUUUUUCUGCUUUUCCUCCUGUUCCAUCCUGUCAAAAGUAUUGACGUGUUUUUAGAGAUUGUUUGUGUUCCCUUUGAAUGGAGGGUAAAACUCUUCCUCAUCAUCUUAGUCAAUGCCGUUGCUUCUGUCUUGGUGGAGACCUUCAUCCUUGACAUCGUCUUAUGGAAGCUUGUGUUCAGCCGAGACAAACAGGGCAGCUUUGGCGUCACUCCUGUCGCUGCGACCGAACAGGGUGCCAUUGACCUGCGAGCGUAUAAGUGUCUAUCCCGGCUGUGCUGCCCAAGCAAGAUGGCACCCAAGGCUCGCUACAUGCAUCUGGCCCAGGAGCUCAGUGUGGACCCCGACUGGCCUCCAAAGCCCACCACCACCACUGAAGCCAAGUCCCUCCCAGAAAAUGGCUCCCCCUAUCAAAUUAUGACCAACUCCUAGCACCCCCCACAGUCCCUCACCAUAAAAAAAAAAAAAAUCCCUUUUAUACAGGAGACAUGCUAGCAUUUAACACGGGUUCAUUGAAUGCCAAUCCAGAUGAACUGUCACAGGACUAUUGCUUGUCAUUACGGUUCACAGAGACUCGCGUCAAAUACUGUAGUUCCAGAGAGGUUGCGAAAUCCUUAGGAUUGCACAUAAGUACCAAAUAAAGUUAAGUUUCAGAUCUCUCAGCGCACUCUCUGGCUCAACCACUCGCACGCUCUCAGGUCUCUCUCGCUCGUCUUGACUAUUAUAUAAACAUGAAUAAUUCCAAAAUCCUAAUUGCAAUGUUUGUUCACCAAAGCUGAGCAGCGUUUAACCCGGGCUUGGCGGAGGGAUGAUAAGUCAGUCAAAUACGCACGUUGACCUCUUCAGAUCAAUUGCCAAUGCAGAAUUGUCAUGUUAUAGCGUUUUGCGAUUUCAUUAGCAACCACAGUACAAGAUGUCUAUUUUAGACAAAGACUAAAAUAGCGGAAUAUCACGUCUGAGCAUUUCAGAAUGAUCACUGACAAAAAUAGAAUGUGGAGAAAGGAAAAUGAUAACCUAAAAGAGGGGUUGUACUUUGGCCGUCUAGUAUGACCCACUGUUACUUCAACUGCGAGUAAGAUAACUGGUAAAAAAAAAGCGAAGAAGGAAGAAAAAAAAGAUGUCAGUGAUCUGAUUGUUUACUUUUUAAAAGCAGCAGCAGGUCCACUUUGUUUGUAUUUCUGCCACCACCUUACUUUUAGGACAUUACACAGUAACUUGUUUCACAGGUCUACCCUGUUGUAGGUGGUGCAGGCUCUGAAUGCUACUAUGUAGUGGUCUACAAGUGGUUUUAUACAACAUAUAUUCAUUUUAAUGAGCUAGCAUUACCACCUGGUAAGCACUCAUUGAAUCUAUUGAAAGGACAGCCCUUUGAGAUCUAGCAUCUCAUUUUUAAGGGGGUCCUAUCUGAGAGCAUUGAAUCAUAACCAAAAGAAAAGCUUUAAAGCUUACAGUUAAAUGAAAUUACUCCCUUGAGAAACCAGUAAUUAAAUAUUCUGUUAAGCAAACGGCACGUUGGAUAUUGGGGAAUCUUGGAGUGGCUUCAAUCAACUUGUUCAGUUGCACACCCCAGACAGAAGCUGACAAGUAAAUGCACAAAUAAAAUUGGGAAUUUACAGAUUUUGUCAAAUUUGGAAACUGCACAAUGAGUGUGAAAAUAUUCAAAGUUUUUUCAAAACUGAUGGUACACUGACAGCAUUCCAGUAUUUGUAUAUCUGCUGUCAGCACCGUAAUGUUGCAUAGCCAAUCUUACUGUUGUUCCUGGCCACUUUUCAGUUUAACCUUUGGAAAUUUAGAAAAUGACUUCAAAUUGCAAGCCUUAAUUACUAAAUACAGUACAUUAUUCAUCAGAUUGAUGAUUGAAACUACAAAUUAAUAAACAGCGGAAAGUAAUCAAAGGUUGCAUUUUCCUCAUAAUUUGGCCAAAAGCUUCAUACACCGUUGAACAAAAGUAAAAAGUAAAGGACUUAAAGAGAACAGCGAGGGAGACAGAUGUGCUCAUCUUCCCUCGACCACAGGCUGGGACCUGUGGCUGGAUCUUCAUUGGGUUUCGUCUGUUUGUCAGAGUUUACCUUUUAGGGUUUUAAUAAAGAUAAAAUGAAGAAAAGAAAACUGACAAAAAAAUUAAUUUCAUCUCCGCUUUUUUAGGAAUGCUACUGCAUUCAUUGGUCUGUCUGUGCACAAACCUGUCAACAACACUUCAUAACAGAAUACCUCGACUUUAUUUAUCCUAACAUAGCAUGCUAACAAACUAAAUGUUAGCAUACCAUAUGUGUUAGCAUACCAUGCUAACAAGUUGGAUAGGGAACAUCACAGCCUUUUCCUUUGGCGCUCCCUUCUGGCCAAACAUUAGCUGCACUGGUGGUAAAGAUCCAAUUACAGUAAAACUGUCUCUACAGUACUUUUCAUCCAUCAAAUGACGUUUUCUAGUGUGUAAUGAGCUUUACACCCUAAUGGGCCUGUACAUGUUUUCUUUUUGCAUCUAUGAGCCAUGGCCUGAUGAGACUGAAAACAUACCAACACUUGCAUAAAGCCAGCUCCCUAUCUUCAUGUUCUGAAAACUUGCUGGUUGCAAUACUAGAAAAAAAAAACUACAAAUACAGCAUCACUGUAGAAUUAAGAAACAUUUCCAUGAACAUCUCUGUAUUUAAAAAAACGCUGGUUAUCGUGGACAGUUAAUUAAAUGCAUGACUUUCUUCCCAUGGAAGACUUGAUGAAAGCGUGAUAAUUAAGGCAAGGCAUUGUGCAUCUCAGCUUGCUGGACAUUCAAAACAUUCAUGCAACAACACAUGCUGCAUGUGAUGGAUGCAGAUUAGCAUAUCCACUUCAUGUAUUACACAUAGGCUACAUGCAUAGAGCGUUAAGGGCUAUAUUUUACAUUCGCUAUUCUUUCUUUGACAUUGAAAGUGGUGCUCUCCAGAAUCUAUACUCACUCCCUGUAAACUUUGAAGGUGGCUGUAAAAGUGUGCUGCUUCUUCCUCAAUAAAAACCUGACUGGAAAUUCAUUUUAAGGUAGAUAACAAUAAUGGGCAGCUAAGUAGCUCACCUGGUGGAGCGUACUCCCAUAUAUAGAGGUUUACUCCUUGACGCAGAGGCAACGGUUUCAACUCGGACCUGCGGUUGAUUAGAUAACGAUUGAAGAUAGAAAACAAUGAUGGCAUACUCAGCAAACAGCUAACAGAAGCAGUUUACACAACAGGAAUGGAUUGAGGAAUUUGCAUUCGGCUACAUUUUGAAGCCAUGGAAACUGGUACCAUUGGAAAUCAUGCUUUUUUUUUUUUUACAGCCACCUGAGAUGUUUGAUCCUCAAGAAGCAGAUUGAGUAGGGUAUCACUUUAAAGCAAAGACACCAGCAUGCAUGCAGCUGGUUCUCAAUGUCAAUAUAACUAUAUACUCUGCCUAGCAGCCGGCGUUUCAUGUAUGGUUUAAUAGCGUUCUAAAGUAUUUUCAGAGUGCUCAUCAGUGGUUUUGAGACACAAUGUCAAAGAAUGUCAAACUAUAUGUAUGCCCUUCCUCACUGACAAAUUAUUUCUCAAAUAUCUUUGAACAGCGUUGUAUUAUGUGACACUUAUUUGUGAAUGACAUCACAUAAAGCUUGUCCAUAAAUUAUUGAUGAUUUUUUUCAUAUAGAAACAAAAUCGAAACGUAAUAAGGAGUCUGAGUUAGUUCCUAAAAGCCAUUGUCUAUGGAAAUGCUUGUAAUAUAUCAAAUGCACUUGGGUUCCAUACUGUUUUUAUGACAAGCUCAAAUGUGAUAUGUGACUAUAGUUUUCACAGAUACAUUUAUUUGAUGAGCGAUGUUAUAGUAUUUUGUUAUAGUAUUUUGUGGGUAAAUUGCCAGCGAGAAAAAAGAUAACCAGUACUGUAGAUGAAACUGGUGAGAAAUACAUAUUUUGGCUCAAAUGGACAUUCUUGUGCCAAUUUGGAGAAAGAUUCUAUUAUAUGUUGUCAAAAACAUGGGUUACAUGGAUUUCUCUGCCUCUCCAUACUCAAUGCUAUGUUUUCUGUUUUAAUUUGCUUUCAGUUUUUUUUUCUUCUUUAGAUACCUACUGAGGCUAAAAAUGAAUGUUAUAUAAAGAGCAGAAUUGAAUGCAAUGCAAUACUAUGGUUGAUUUUUUUUUUCCCCCAAAGACUUUUCAUUACAUCUGUAUUUGAAAAAAAGAAGAAAUGUUUACUUUUAGCCUGUGUUUAGUUCUUUCAAAUCUGAUUUGUCUCAGCAGAAGUGGACUUUAAAAGGUGAUAAUUAUAUUAGAGGUUGGAUUCUAUCUGUAUAUAUAAGAUUUACAUUUCUAGUAUGUGCAUAAAAGUCAAAAGAUUUAGUUAUAAAUGUGUAUGGGUUUUGGAUUAUCAAAGGGCUGGUGUGUCUUUUUCUACUAUUUUGGUACUGUGUUACAAUUAGUUGUCUGUCUACUUUUGAUUUGUACUGGCUGUUGGAUUUUUUUGUACUUUAACUUUUGUUAUGGAGUUGCAUUAGCUUGGAUCUUUCUUAUUUGGGCAUGAAUCCUGGGCAUUUAUUUCACAAUUUGAAUCAGUUAUAGUGAAGUGUGAUCGGAUCAAUUUUUCUUCUGUCUUGGAUAAACACAAUGCAGCACAUGUCUACUUUAGAGUUUAAAGAAAGUUGAACCAAGUCCUGAGUGUAAACAUUUUGUUUCUGAAGGUGCUUAAAGUAGAUUGACUUCUCAGCUUUUCUUUUGCGUCUCUUUUGUCUCAAUGCUUCGUAUAAUACCAAGGACCUGACACAAGAAGGGAAUUCAACCGGGUAGUAUAUUUGGCCCCUCCUCUCAGCAAAUUAAGAAUUUGAUCUGAUGAUCAUCUGAUGAUCUUGCAACCAUUCUGUUAGAUCAUCUUAUCUACAUGUUUUUAAAGACCUUUUACAUCCGUUUGAAAUUAAAAUGUAAUUGGCAAAAAGUGUGCAUUGCUACUAGAAAUUAGCGGCCAUUUGUAAAAGUGACUAUGUUGCUGCUAGGGGCAAAAUGAGUCUGUCUCAGCUGUGUAAUAACUCCACCUUGAUACAAAAAAAUCAUCAAUUUAGUGACUUGCAAAGUGUAAAUACUACUAUUGCUCGUCUUCUGCUCUACAAUUUUGCCUUUAUUCUGAUAGCUAUGUCAAAGCAAUGGCUUUUUUUGCUGAAACCUCUAUGCUCUCAUACAGGUACAACAUAUACCCACUGCUUGCAGCGUUGGCCUCUUUUUCCCAUGUAUUUUAAACAAACCAUCGAAUGGCAUUUAGAUUGAGUCAGCCACUGUGUAUACGAAGCCUCGUGGAUGUUUCCUCAGGGAAAUGUGUCUAUUUGUAAUGAAUAUAGAAAAUAAUAAAAGUUGAUGCCCAUACUGAAUGAAAAUAUACUGUUAAAACUUUUUAUUACUGUUGAGUCUGUCUGUAUGUCAGCUUUCAGUACAGUUUAUCUAGUGUGCUUUUUAUUUGCAGCCUACACCUGAGCAAAAAACUCAUCUAGGGUAUAUGUGUUUUUGUUGGCAGAGAUGUACCUUUUGUACUCUAUAAUUUAUUUUUUUGUAAUUUAUUUUCACUUCUUUCUCCCUAAGCAUUGUAUUUCAGAUUUAUCUUGAUUUCUUUUCAAUAAAUGUUCUGAAAUUGG